CGCAGUCACACAGCGCUAACAGUGAGCUAGCCACAUUUGACCCUCUGUGCGCCGUAAGCCGAGACACAUCCGGGCUGUGUGUAUGGAAGAUGGCGACACUUACCCUCCCUGCUGAAUGGAUCAAAAACUGGGAAAAAUCAGGAAAGCAUGAGUUUGUACAACUCUGCAAAGAACUUACAGAGAAAAUAAAUCAUGGAAGUGAAAUCAAAGACAUUCAGGCGGCCUUAUACGAGCUCUGCUCUCAGGUUAUACAGGGCAAUCUUAAAGUGGAUCUUGUUGCUACUGUUCUUGGCGAAAUUAUCGAACUCAGAGGUGACAUGCCAUCAAUUUUAGCAGAUGUUUUCAGUAUUUUGGACUUGGAGACGAGUGCACUUGAAGAAAAGAACAAACGUGAACACUACACACAACUAGCAGUAGCUUGUUUGAUAUUUGUUCCUGAAGUCAUUCUCAAAGAAAGACUUGACCCAGAAACCCUUGAAUCUCUUGGACUAAUAAAACAGGCACAUCAGUUUAAUCAAAAGAUUGUAAAAAUCAAGACUAAACUUUUCUACAAGCAACAGAAGUUCAACUUGCUGAGAGAAGAAAAUGAGGGCUAUGCCAAACUAAUAACAGAGUUGGGCCAAGACCUUUCAGGCAACAUCACUAGCCACAUUGUUCUGGAAAGCAUCAAGUCUCUUAUAGGGUGCUUUAAUUUGGAUCCAAAUCGAGUUUUAGAUAUUAUUCUAGAGGUUUAUGAGAGUCGCUCAGACCAGGAUGAGUUUUUCUUGUCACUCAUCAAGUCAUACAUGUGUGAGCCCCUCACUCUGUGCCACAUUCUGGGAUUUAAAUUUAAAUUUUAUCAGGAGCCUAAUGAGGAAACGCCCAAGUCACUUUAUCACAUUGCUGCUGCUUUACUGAACCAUAAUCUAAUACAGCUCGAAGAUCUCUAUGUACAUCUUAUGCCAGUAGAUGCUGCAAUUAUAGAGGAAUAUAAGCGAGACAUCUCAGAAGCCAAACAAACUGCCCGCAAGCUUGUGAUGGUUGUCCUCCCUUCAGAGAAGAAUGAUGAUAAGGACAAGGACAAGGACAAAGACAAAGAUGAUGACAAGAAUGAAAAGCCACCUGACAACCAGAAGCUUGGUCUGUUAGAAGCAUUACUAAAAAUUGGAGACUGGCACCAUGCCCAGUGUAUUAUGGACCAGAUGCCUUCUUUCUAUGCUACUUCUCACAAGGCCAUUGCUUUGGCACUUUGCCAGCUUGUUCACCUAACUGUAGAGCCACUCUACAGAAGGGCGGGUGUUCCCAAAGGAGCCCGGGCGUGUGUGAUGCAGCCACUGAGGAACAAGCGUGCCCCCCGUCCUGCUGAGAACUUUGAAGACCUACGGCGAGACACAUUCAGCAUGCUCGGUUAUCUGGGUCCUCACCUGUCACACGACCCGAUCCUCUUUGCAAAAAUAGUACGCUUAGGCAAAGGUUUCAUGAAAGAGUAUCAAAGUGAUGUCAAAUCUGACAAAGAGAAGUUGGAAAUACUCCUUAGUUGUUUUCUCAGCAUUGCAGACCAGGUGCUCCUGCCAUCUCUGUCCCUGAUGGAGUGCAAUGCUUGCAUGUCAGAAGAACUAUGGGGUCUUUUUAAAUUGUUCCCGUACCAGCACAGGUAUCGAUUAUAUGGACAAUGGAAGAAUGAGACUUAUUUAAGCCAUCCACUGUUGGUCAAGGUGAAAGCUCAGACCAUCGAAAGGGCCCGAUACAUAAUGAAGCGACUGACCAAAGAGAAUGUGAAGCAGUCUGGAAGACAGAUUGGCAAGUUGAGCCAUAGCAAUCCCACGAUUGUCUUUGAUUAUAUGUUGUCUCAGAUUCAGUGGUACGACAACCUUAUUGUCCCAGUUGUCGACUCAUUAAAAUACCUCACAUCACUUAAUUAUGACGUCCUGGCCUAUUGCAUAAUAGAGGCUCUUGCUAAUCCUGAGAAGGAAAAGAUGAAGCAUGAUGACACUACCAUCUCGUCCUGGCUACAGAGUUUGGCAAGUCUUUGUGGGGCUGUGUUCAGGAAGUACCCAAUUGAGUUGGCGGGGCUUCUUCAGUAUGUGACCAAUCAGCUCAAGGCAGGAAAAAGUUUUGACCUGUUGAUCCUAAAAGAAGUGGUCCAGAAAAUGGCUGGGAUUGAGAUUACAGAUGAGAUGACAGCAGAGCAGAUGGAGGCCAUGACGGGAGGAGAGCAACUAAAGGCUGAGGGAGGCUAUUUUGGGCAGAUAAGAAAUACAAAGAAAUCAUCACAACGUCUAAAGGAUGCUCUGCUUGAACAUGAUUUGGCGUUACCUCUGUGUUUACUCAUGGCGCAACAACGCAAUGGUGUUGUUUUUCUUGAAGGUGGAGAGAACCACUUGAAACUUGUUGGUCAUCUCUAUGAUCAGUGUCACGACACAUUGGUGCAAUUUGGUGGCUUUUUGGCCUCCAACCUCAGCACUGAAGACUAUAUUAAACGUGUUCCUCCUAUUGAUGUUCUAUGCAACCAGUUCCACACCCCACACGAUGCUGCGUUUUUUCUGUCUAGGCCCAUGUAUGCUCAUCACAUAGUGUCCAAGUAUGACGAACUAAAGAAAGCAGAGAAGGGCAACCGUCAGCAGCAAAAGGUACACAAAUAUGUGGCAGCCUGUGAACAGGUAAUGAACCCAGUUCACGAGGCAGUGGUGUCACUCCACCCCACUCGAGUGUGGGAAGAUAUGCGCCCUAAUUUCUACGUGACGUUCUGGUCCCUCACUAUGUACGACCUGGCUGUGCCACAUUCUGCUUAUGAGCGUGAGGUCAAUAAGCUCAAAGCUCAGAUUAAAGCCAUUGAGGAUAACCCUGAAAUUCCGCUAAAUAAGAAAAAGAAGGAGAAGGAACGCUGUACAGCAUUGCAAGAGAAAUUGCAAGAGGAAGAGAAGAAGCAGGCUGAACAUGUUCAAAGAGUGCUCCAUCGUCUCAAACUAGAGAAAGAUAACUGGUUAUUAGCAAAAUCAACAAAGAAUGAGACGAUAACAAAAUUCCUGCAACUCUGCCUAUUUCCACGUUGCAUCUUCUCAUCCAUUGAUGCCGUUUACUGUGCACACUUUGUUGAACUGAUUCACCAGCAAAAGACGCCCAACUUCUGCACCCUCCUAUGCUAUGACAGGGUUUUUUCAGCCAUCAUCUAUACAGUGGCUAGCUGUACAGAGAAUGAGUCUCACCGCUUUGGGCGCUUCCUGUGCUGCAUGUUGGAGACUGUGACCCGCUGGCAUAGUGACCGGGCUGUCUAUGAAAAGGAGUGUAGCAACUACCCUGGCUUCGUAACUAUCUUCAGAUCAACGGGUUUUGAUGGAGGACACAAAGCAGACCAGCUGGACUAUGAGAACUUUAGACACGUGGUGCACAAAUGGCACUAUAUGCUGACGAAAGCUUCAGUUCACUGCUUGGAGACGGGAGACUAUACGCACAUUAGGAAUAUUCUUAUUGUGCUCACCAAAAUCUUGCCUUGCUACCCAAAAGUCCUGAACCUAGGCCAAGCUUUGGAGUGUCGUGUUCACAAGAUCUGUCUUGAAGAGAAGGAUAAGAGGCCAGACCUUUAUGCCUUAGCAAUGGGUUAUUCAGGUCGAUUGAAAAGCCAGAAGUCGCACAUGGUCCCUGAAAAUGAGUUUCAUCACAAAGAGCAGCCAGCACGUGCUACCGCAGCCAGUCAACAGAACGGUCCAGGAGGCUCUGGAAAAACUGCUACCAGCACAAACAAGACCGAUGAUGGGGCAUCCGAGGAAGGAGAACGAGGCAAAGAGAAAUCUCAGGGGACCACAAAACCAGUCAGCAAAGCCAACAGUACAGCGGCCAAAGUGACCACCAGCAAUGGAAAUGGUGCUCUGAAUAGCACUAAAGGAGUGAAAGAUGACAAAGAAAAGAGCGGGAAAGAGAAGAAGGAGAAGAAGGAGAAGACUCCAGCCAACACUCCGGAGCUGAAGAGCGAGCUGAGGCGAGAGAAGCACAGGGACGAGCGCACAGGAAAAGAGGAGCGGGCCACACGCGAGGGUAAGGAGAAGACCCCCAAGGCUGAGCGCAUCAAGACCGAGGACAAGAAUGCCAAAGACGACAAGGCCAAGGCCGGUAAUGGAGAACCUGACGCGCCCAGGGAGUCCAAGAGUAAGGAGAGAGACCGCAGCACUGCAGCAACCUCACUCAAAACGCCAGUUCCUAGGUCUGAGUCGGCUGAAUCUGAAAGGGAUCACAAAAGAAGAAAGCUUGAUAGCCACUCCUCUCCAUCCCACUCCUCGUCUGUUAAGGUUAGUAUGGCUUGAGGAAGGCUGUGCCCAUUUCUACUCUGUCUGCCGGAGCUUCCCUGCCGUUACGCAAUCCAGCAGCUUUGAAGAAAACUGAGGAGGAUUUUUUAUUUUUUUUUUCUGCAAGUGUCUGGAUCCCGACCUGUAUUCACAGGAGAUUAUACCAUGGACAUCAGCAUUAAGUUUCACAGAAAGGGUGGACACCCUUCAGGACUUAGUCAAGAAAAUAUUGUAUAUAUUGAGUAUUUUCAUAUCGAAAUAUUUCUAUUUUUGUAUCAACAAAAGUUUUCGGUGUGCCUUUUAAAAAAAAAUUUCUACAUAUUCUUUCAA